GCAUCCCGGUGCAGGUGUUCGGCCGGUCGGACGGGCUUCUUCACGCCACUCGGCCGGUUAAUCAAAAAGAAGGCUAAGAACGACGUCGAAAAGAUCUUCCAUGGAUUUCUCCAAAACAAGAGACGACCUCGCCGUCUCUUCGAUGAGCUAUUUCUGUACUGGAACCUCGCUGAGACUGACCGAGUCCUUUGAAGAACUCGAAGAGGUUUCCAUUUUCCUCUCUUGUUUUUUGGUUUUAGCUUUUUAAAUGGAUUCCUGAAAAUUCAGGCAACUGAAGAAGUUCUAAUUGUUAAUGGAAAGUGAAAUCACACUCAAAAUAGCAAGAAAAUAGGACAAAACUACUGUAAUGCUGCCUGGAAGGAAAGGAGAGUAAUUAACUCAAUGUGUUGGAUUAAGAGUCUUUGUUUUUAUAGUUCGGAGAGUAUGUUUUGACUGCAGGAUUUAAUGGUUUCCGAUUUUUGUCCAAGAAUUAGGUUCAAGAUUGUGGAGAGCUUACGCGAAGAUAUAUUUUCAGGAAAGCUUAAAUUAGGAACUGAAAUAAAGGAAACCAGCUGUGAUUAUGAUUGUCGAUGCCAAUGGAGGUGGGAAGACAACAUCUCUUGGAAACACUCCAAAAAAAUUGUGGUAACGGGUCAGAGUUACUCAACUAGGUUCAAUAAAUAAAGAAGAUAGCCCACCCACAUUUCUUUUGACAAAAUUUAUGUAUAAACGAGUUAGCUCUUGGUGAACACAUUGAAGUGAUAUAUCCACAUUCUUUUCAAGGUCUGUGGUAUGGUAUCCACCAGGUUAUGAUAGUGCAUGCAACCUCAUAGAUUGUAAUGCUGUGGGUCUUGGCUUAGGUUUUAAAGAUACUGAAUGAGGGAAGCUGGCCCAUGGUCUAAAGAAGGGAGAUGCAAUGGUGAGCUGAUAAAACUUUGCACAUUGCUUUUGGUGCAAUGUCACGAUCCUCCACCUUUUACCUCAUAUACCGUGUUGUUUGAGAUUGCGGCAGAUACUGAUGGCAGCAGGUGACACAUUCAGAGCAGCUGCUAGUGAUCAACUAGGAUAUGGGCUGGGAGGACUGGGUGUGAGAUUGUUGUUGCUGAACGAGAGAAUGCCAAAGCAUCAUCAGGUAGAUUAGUAGAAGAUAUGAUGAAAAUCAUUCCUUUUGGGACCAAAAGGGGUGGGGUGCAGAUAUCACACGAACUUUUUCAUGCUGCUCACUUUAUUAGACAGUGAAAACUAAAUUGUUCGGUACAACUUCUAACAUGUGAUCAUAAAGUGCUUUCUGAGUAGUUCUUUCACAGGCAGUGAAAGGAGGGAAGGAGGAAGGUUUUGAUGCUGUCUUGGGUGAUACGUCAGGACAUAAGUCUUCACACUAAUUUCGGAUUGAUGGUGUGUAAGCAGGCUGUAGGCAAAGUUGUUCAUGGUGCACCUAAUGAGAUUCUGUUAGUUUUUGAUGGGAAUACUGGUUUGAAUUCGCUUCCACAAGCAAGAGAGUCAAUGAGGUAGUUGGAAUAACUGGUUUGAUUUUGACAACAUUGGAUGGUUCUGCUAGAGGCUUAUGUGUGGUAUCUUGCGGUUUUUACUUUACAUUUUUUUGCUCUCCUUUUUUUUUGUGUGUGGAUGCGGGUUUCAAUUUUGCUCUUGAUUGAGCCAACACAACAAUGGAUUCCAAAAUUGGUGUGUGAAAUAUUUUUUCAUUAUUUGUGUUGUUAAAGUUAGCCUGUCUUCUUGGGCAGGUAAGUGUAGUUGGCGAGCUUGGCAUCCCUGUAAAGUUUAUUGGUGUUGGUGAAGGUGUAGAGACCUCCAACCCUUUGAUGCAGAGGCAUUCGUUAAUGCCAUAUUUUCAUGAGUAAUAUGAUCAGUGUGAAUCAGAGGGAAAUUUAUGUUGAAAAUUCAGCUCUUGCAGAACAGCCAGUUUUCUAGAUAAAAGGUUCAAGGCAUGCAUCUGAUGAGUGCUAAGGCUGCUUUCUUGUCACCAUUUAGGCAACCAAGCUUAAACCGACUUGAAGAAGUUGCUUGUGGAACGGUUGUUGUUCAUCUUCUGUCCAAGAUUCCUGAGUUUUUUGGCUGACAUACAUGAUCAUUGGGGUAAGCUAAUCUUGCCUCACUUGAUGAAUUACAGGCUCACUAAUUUAAAAUGUAAUUUUCAAUUAAAAGCUGAUACUAAUCAGAAAAAAAUGGUCAUAGAUUAAUCUUUCUUUUUAUUUGCAUCCCAAUAUGUCAAUAUUUUUUUGUUC